CGUCAUCAGCGCGCGCCGCGGAGGCCUUGCGGAAAGGACUGGGUAGGGACGGUCGCUGUAUGCUGCCAACUCGGACUUCCCAAGCGCUUAGCCCAGUGCUCUGCACACAAGCUGUCCCAUGAGCGUUCGCCUUGAGUUAAGGAAAUGAGCAACCAGUACAGCAUACUCUUCAAACAAGAGCAAGCCCACGACGAUGCCAUCUGGUCUGUGGCUUGGGGGAAGAAUAAAAACGAUGGUUCUGAGACAGUUAUCUCAGGUUCCCUGGAUGAUCUAGUGAAAGUCUGGAAAUGGAAUGAGGAGAAACUAGAAUUACAGUGGAAUUUGGAGGGUCAUCAACUUGGUGUGGUAUCGGUAGAUAUUUGUCACACAGGUACCAUCGCCGCAUCUAGCUCCCUAGAUGCUCAUAUCCGCCUUUGGGAUCUAGAAAAUGGCAAGCAGAUUAAGUCGAUAGAUGCUGGUCCUGUUGAUGCCUGGUCCCUGGCCUUUUCACCUGACUCCCAGUAUCUAGCAACGGGGAGCCACGUGGGAAAAGUAAACAUUUUUGGCGUGGAGACUGGGAAAAAGGAAUAUUCCUUGGAUACAAGAGGAAAAUUCAUCCUUAGUAUUGCAUAUAGUCCAGAUGGAAAGUAUUUGGCAAGUGGAGCCAUUGAUGGGAUUAUCAAUAUUUUUGAUAUUGCAACUGGGAAACUCCUGCAUACCCUGGAAGGCCAUGCUAUGCCUAUUCGUUCUUUGACCUUUUCUCCGGAUUCUCAGUUGCUCGUCACCGCUUCAGAUGAUGGCUACAUAAAGAUUUAUGAUGUGCAGCAUGCGAACUUGGCAGGUACAUUAAGUGGGCAUGCAUCAUGGGUCUUAAAUGUGGCGUUCUGUCCUGAUGACACUCACUUUGUUUCCAGUUCAUCUGACAAAAGUGUAAAGGUCUGGGAUGCUGGAACAAGGACUUGUGUUCAUACAUUUUUUGACCACCAGGAUCAGGUCUGGGGAGUGAAAUACAAUGGAAAUGGUUCCAAAAUUGUGUCCGUCGGAGACGAUCAGGAAAUACAUAUCUAUGAUUGUCCAAUUUAAAUGCCCAGACCUUGGCUAGCACCACAAAAAAAUAUUACAGAUUUUUGGGAUCAUAGCCUGUCCGUUUACCCGUCCCUCUGUUUAACAAAAGGAGGGAUAUAGUCUUGCAUUGUAGCAGAGGCUUUGGAUAUUUUGGAUACUAAUAGAGGUAUGCAUAAAUGUAUAUGUAUUUGUCAUUUUAAGUUUGUCAUGGGAAACCCCUUUCAUCCUUUUAAUAAAUGAAAGCUGUAAAUACAAAGAAUUGGGGCUGUGUUUUUUUGCUCAGAUUGUAGGUUUACAAAACAGUUUCUCUGUUG